AGACUAUGGUGAAUCGUCUCGUCUGACUGUCUAUACUAAAGUCAAAAUAUUAUAUUAUAAAUUAUAUUACACAUUUUUUUUUUUUAUUAAUUUCUCCCUUUAUAUAUUAUUAUUGCAUUGCGCUUACCUGUAAAACCGAAGCGGUCUCCCGUCAUUAUACAAUAUAAUAUUAUAAAUUAUGUUACUUUUAUAGAUAACUUUAGUGACGAAUGUAUUUUGUGUAGUAUGAUAUAGUUUACAAUUUAUGUUAUAAUUAUAUCGUUAUCUUCAGUACCUACUUUUAGUCUUAUGACUUAUGUUAUUUAGCCACCAUACCUAUUAGAGGUGUUAUAAUUUACAAAUAUUAUUAGUAUUUGGUACUUUUCAACACCUUUGAGUCUAAAGAAAUAAGUAUUAUCGAAAACUCAAUUUCACAUUUACACCUUCGACAUCUUGUUUUCUGUGUAGAAAUUUAGUAGUCCAAUGAGACGUGCAAGCUAUGGUGGUGGAAAUCGUGGAGCUUCAAGAGGUAGUGGUGGUAGCAGAGGUGGAAGUUACGGCAGCCGUGGAUCUGGUUUCAGCAGUCGUGGUGGUGGAAGCAGUGAUGGAUAUAGAAGAGGUGGACCUGUAGGAGCAAGUGGUAAUAGCUUCAGUAACAAGCAACCUGGCGGAGCCUUACGUAAACCAAGAUGGGAGAGUGAAACUUUACAACCAUUCCAAAAAAAUUUUUAUACACCGCAUCCAUUGGUUUUAAACCGUUCUAAACAAGAAGUGGAAAGCUAUGUCAAAGAAAAAGAAAUUUCAUAUAUUGGUAGUAAUGUACCAGAUCCUAUUAUGAACUUCCAUGAAGUAAUUUUACCAGACUACGUUUUAAAUGAAGUAAAAAAACAAGGAUUUAGUCAACCAACACCAAUCCAAGCUGUGAGUUGGCCUAUUGCAUUGAGUGGUAGAAACAUGGUUGGAAUAGCUCAAACUGGAUCUGGAAAAACUCUUGCUUAUAUACUGCCAGCAAUAUUACAUAUAAAUAAUCAGCCUCGUCUCCUGCGUUAUGAUGGUCCAAUUGCCUUAGUUUUAGCGCCUACACGAGAACUGGCUCAGCAAAUUCAACAGGUCGCUAAUGCAUUUGGAACAUCAACUUUUGUACGAAAUACGUGUGUGUUCGGUGGUGCUCCUAAAGGGCCUCAAGCAGAUGAUUUAGAUCGUGGUGUUGAAAUUGUUAUUGCUACACCAGGCCGACUUAUUGACUUUUUGGAAAGAAAUACUACAAAUUUAAAACGUUGUACUUAUUUAGUAUUAGAUGAAGCAGAUCGUAUGUUAGACAUGGGUUUUGAGCCACAAAUACGUAAAAUCAUUGAACAGAUUAGACCUGACCGUCAAGUUUUAAUGUGGUCUGCUACAUGGCCUCAGGAAGUAAAGAAUUUAGCUGAAGAAUUUUUAGUUGAUUAUGUACAAGUGAAUGUGGGAUCUCUCAACUUAUCUGCCAAUCAUAAUAUAUCGCAAGUAGUUGAUGUCUGUGAUGAUUAUGAAAAAGAACAAAAGUUGUUCGCUUUAUUGACUGAUAUAUUCUCACAACCUGAAAACAAGACUAUAAUUUUUGUUGAAACCAAACGCUCUGUUGAUAAUAUUGUGAAAUCAGUUAACCGCAAUGGGUGGAGAUCUAUAGGAAUACAUGGUAAUAAGUCUCAAAAUGAACGUGACCACACAUUGAAUCAGUUCCGCUCAGGUCAAGCAAACAUUUUGGUUGCCACUGAUGUAGCUGCGCGUGGUUUGGAUGUGGAUGAUGUCAAGUACGUGAUUAAUUAUGAUUAUCCAAAUUCUUCCGAAGACUAUGUUCAUCGUAUUGGCAGAACAGGUCGUUCUAGUCGCACUGGAACAGCUUUUACUUUUGUUACACCCAACAAUGCCCGUCAAGCUAAAGAUCUUAUAUCUGUGCUUCAAGAAGCCAACCAAGUAGUUAAUCCUAAACUUUUUGAACUUGCUGAAAUGGCUGCUGCUGGAGUUUUUGGAAGAAUGGAUCGUUCUAACCGCAAUCGGGGUGGGCCCAACAAUCGAUCACGUGGUGGUCAAGAUCGCGGCAGUAGAGGAGGUUACGGUGGUGGAGGUAACCGUGGAACUUACACUAACAGAGGAGGUAGUCGAAGCGGAUAUACUGGUAGUUCUCAAAUUGCAAGUCGGGGCAGUUACUCAAGUGGAAAUCAAGGAGGUCGCAGUGGAUAUAAUUUGUCGACUACCCCAGUAGCAAACAACAAUAACAAUAAUGGGGCCAUACCAACAGGUCGUGAAAGAGUUAGUAGAUGGGGCGAUAGUAAUGGCAGCCAACAACCAACCCAACCUAGUCAACAUCAACCAACUUACAUGUCCCAACCUGUUUCUGCACAAAUGCCUAAUAUGAACAACCCUCCACCUGGAUAUACUGGUAAUUAUGGAUUCCAAGAUGCUACAUCAAACAACAACUAUGGAGGAGGAUUUAAUUAAUGAUGACCAUUUAUUAUUUUUAAACUGUUAAUUAUUAUUCUUUUUUGUUUUUUUUAAUAAUUAAUUUUAAUUAAUGAAAACACUUAAAUAGACAAAUAUUUAUCUAUUGAAAUAUUAAAUUAUCAAUAGCACAACUACUCGUGUAGUAUUAAUUUUUAGUAAAUUAUUUAUUUGAUGAAAAAAAAAAUGUAUUAUAAUAUAUUUGGAAUUGUCAUUAAUUGUUGUUUAUUUAAAAGUGAAACUAGUUUUUAGCUCGGAUGUGUAGUUUAAAACAUAAAAAGGUAUGAUUUUUCUGUAUUUACAAUAACAUUUCAUUAGGUACUAUUAUAAUAUUAAUAUCUUCAUCAAUUAGUCCAUUGAUCAGAAUUAAUUUUUAAUUAUUGAUUAAAGAAUUUGUACUAACUC